UCUUAUCAUGGUUAGAUAUGGAGCUUUGCAAUGAAAUCACCAUGCUGCAAACAUGAGAUAGUCAUUCAGACUGAUCCUCAGAAUUGCGAGUAUGUAAUCACUAGUGGUGCCCAGAAGAAGGUCGAGGAGUAUGAUGUAGAAGAUGCAGAAAUCAUGGAGCUCACUGCUGAGGAAGAGAAGGGAAAGCUUGCAGACCCGUUUUAUCGUCUAGAGCACCAGGAAGUAGAUUUGCAGAAGAAGAAAGCAGCAGAGCCGCUUUUGGUCCGUCUCCAGCGAGUCUCUGAUGCAAGACAUGCUGAUGAUUACUCCAUAAACAGAGCUCUACGUGCACAACUUAGGGGACACAGAAAACGUGUAGCAGAAGAAGAGGCUGCUUCAAGGAAGAUAGGGUUAGGGAUAAGACUUCUUCCAAAGAGUGAAGAAGAUAUUAAAGCUGCAUCAAACGUGAAAUUCAAAACCAAGUUUGAUAAGAACCGAAGGGACAAACGAGCACUAAUCCAUGCAUCUUCCAUCUUUCCCGAGUCAUCUUACUCGAUGUCAUCAUCGAGCAAGAAAAGAAUGGAGUUAGAAGCAAAGAGAAGGAAGAUAAGCGCAGCAUCAGCGUCGAGUCUAUUGAGAGGAGGUUUCAAAGCAUCAGCAUUGUCUAAAACACCAUCAACAAGCAAGUCUAAGGUUUCAUCAGUUUCUGUAAGGAAGCUGUAGGUUUUUUUUAGCAACUUGUGCUUGUAUCGUUGAGAGGAAAUAUCAAUGUAAGAAACACAAAAAAA